UAAAAGUAAAGUUAACGUUGCCUUCGUUAACGUUCGGGGUAACGUAAUUUACGCUAAGCUAACGUUAGCUAAAACGUUAGCUAAAACUUAACGUAAGUUACAUUAAGCUAACGUUAGCUAAAACUUAACGUUAGUUACGUUAACGUUAGCUAACGUUAGCUAACGUUUACGUUAGCUGUUUAGCCGGGUGCUAAUUUAAACCUCGACUGACUGAUUAUCUGUGAAGGAAGUGUGAGGGGUGUUUCCAGCUGAUCUGCACAACAGAAGGAGCCGAGUCUCCCUCCGCAGCCCGACCUACCUGCUACUUUCUGCGGCCACAACACACCACCAGCACACCGGUACCGGCUGCAGAUGUGCAGGAUCUUCAUCCGGAUUACUUUAAAGGAAAAACCGGGGGUCGGAUCCUCGGUUAGCUGCCGGUGCAGUCGGUAGCUGUUAGCUCCAGACUGUCAUGAUCCCUGCAGCGCGGAGAUGGCGUCCUUCCCCGGUUUGUGCAAGGCUGUCGGGCCAGCGGAGGAGGAGAACGGAGAGCUGGACGGUUCUCUGCAGCAAAUGCUGAAGGCCAUCGCCGACGAGAGGAACCGACUCAACAUCCGACAGGAGGUCAGCGGAAUCGGUUGUUUUAAAGAUGACCGCAUCGUGUUUUGGACCUGGAUGUUCUCCACGUAUUUCAUGGAGAAGUUCGCUCCUCGGCAGGACGACAUGCUGUUCUACGUCCGCAGGAAGCUCGCCUGCGUCAGUGCCGACAACACCGAGGGCAAAAAGGUGGAGGUGGAGGUUUACCGGAGAGACUCCAAGAAGCUGCCGGGCCUCGGCGACCCCGACAUCGACUGGGAGGAGAGCGUCUACCUGAACCUCAUCCUGCAGAAGUUGGACUACGUGGUAACGUGUGCAGUCUGCACACGCUCAGACGCAGGAGACAUCCACAUCCACAAGAAGAAAUGUCAGGAAGUGUUUGCAUCUCCCAGCAAACACGCCAUGGACAGCAAAGGAGAGGAGUCCAAGAUGAGCUACCCCAACAUCUUCUUCAUGAUCGACAACUUCGAGGAGGUGUUCAGUGACAUGACGGUGGGCGAGGGGGAGAUGGUGUGUGUGGAGCUGGUGGCGAGCGACAAGAGCAACACCUUCCAGGGCGUCAUCUUCCAGGGCUCGAUCCGCUACGAGGCGCUGAAGAAGGUCUACGACAACCGGGUGAGCGUUGCUGCUAAGAUGGCCCAGCGGAUGUCUUUCGGCUUCUACAAAUACAAAAACAUGGAAUUUGUGAGGAUGAAGGGUCCGCAGGGCAAAGGUCACGCUGAGAUGGCCGUCAGCAGGGUGCCGACAGGAGACACGUCGCCCUGCGGCACCGAGGAGGACCAGGAGUCCCCCGUGCACGAGAGGGUGACGUCCUUCAGCACACCUCCGACCCCAGAGAGGAACCGUCCGUCCUUCUUCUCUCCGUCUCUGAGACGUAAAGUGCCCCGAAACCGAAACGCAGAAAUGAAGAAGUCUCACUCGGCCAACGACAGCGAGGAAUUCUUCAGGGAGGAAGAAGACGAAGAUCUUCACACCACCUCCAACCUGCGCUCUCGCUCUCUGUCGGGGACCCAGCGCUCAUUGGUCGGCUCCUGGCUCAAACUCAACCGGACCGAAGACUACUUCCUGCUCUACUCCCACCUGACCUACGUCACCCUGCCGCUGCACCGCAUCACCACAGACAUCCUGGAGGUGAGGCAGAAGCCCAUCCUGAUGACAUAGCAGAGCUGGACCCCCUCAGAGCAUCACUACCAAGUGCCUCCUGCAUCAGGCCACAGAGACCACAGCGGUGACCCACGCUGGGGCCACAGCGAACCCCCCUGGUGUCCACACUGAGCCACCAACAACCAAACAUCUGCUUCCCCCCACCCCCCUGAGACAAGUCAGAGGACACAACGACAAACAAACCAACCAGCCAUUCAGGAAGUGCCUCUUCUUCUUCUUUUCAGUUCCUGCUGCGUCCGAGGUCGUCUCUGCGGACACGUGACCUCAGCGUGAAAAGGUAUUGGCUGAACUCUGACCAGGAAGUGAGGAAUGUGUGUUUUCCUGUAAAUAUCCUGCUGCUUUACUCACUGAGACGCCUCGACUAAAGGUUCUGCUUUUAACCACACGGUCUGUUUCUGUUCCACUCGCCGUGGCUUUCCCUUUUUGUUUUUAUAUAUAUCUCUACGACAACUGGAAGCCAGAGGGAUUCUGGGAGUCGGAGUCAUUUAAAGUGUUUUGUAGACGGCUUCGGUCCUAUAACCAGCGGAGUCCAAUCAUCUCUUCAUCUUUAUUACGACACGUUUACAACACAACUAGUUGCUUAAUUAACACUCAUGUUCAUCGAUUAAUUGACAGAUAUUUCUCUCAAUUGGUCUCUGAAAGCUAAAAAAUAUGAAAAAACAACUAAUGUUCAUCCCGACUUUGACUUUGUCGGUUAUUCUGCCAGAAAAAUGUCCCAAAAGUGCUGAAAUAACAGUAAGAAGCACACCUGAGAACCUGUAACCAGCAACUAUUUGGUACUUUUACUUUGUUUAUAUAUUCAGCAGCAUAAUUCAUUUCUUUUUGCUUAAUUAACUAAUUAAUUGUCAAAUAGUGAGUGAGUGAAGGUGACGUUUUGAGUUCACAGCAACAAGUAUGUUGAAUGUGACAAUUAUAACUAUUUAAAUAAAAAUAAAAAAAUUAACUUAUAUUUAAAAAAAAUGAGAAUUUAUUGCCCUAAAAUAAUUCACAAAAAUCUGAAUAAAAUUCUGACUUUA